CAUUUCGUGGUGGUUGGAAGGAGAUUCGCUUGGAUCUGUGUCUGCAGAUUGCAGUGGCAGCCAGAGCUAUUUUUGGGUGCUGCCAGUUAUUGGAGCUUUAUCCAACAGUCUCACUUUUGUUGGAGGAUACCCCUACCUCUGAUAUCUACCCUACUUAGCCUGUUAGCCUAUAGACUUGCUGACCAGUGGGCGUGAAGAAGUGUUUGCUGUCUGAGCCUUUGUUGGAUUGCCAAGUCCAAUCCAUUUGAGAGGGAGAGUCGAUACCGGUAGCACAAGAAGAAGGAGUUUUUAAAAGUGUCAUCGACAUUUUCCAUACGCUACAGUGAAGAGCACACGAUAACAAUAGAACCAACAAUGUCAUCCAAUCUGCCAGAGCUUUCCUUGGCACCGCCUACAUUGGCUGCUGCCACGACGGUCAAGUUUAAUGCCGGACAGUUUGUCUCCCGAAGAAAGGAUAAGGUGUCCAAACACUACCAGAUCAAGAGCGCGCUGGGAUCGGGUGGAUAUGGGGAUGUCUUUUUGGCCACGCACAAGCAGAGCGGUGCGGAACGAGCCAUCAAGGUGAUCGACAAAUCCAAGUGGAACUCUCGUGAAAAUGAAGCAGUCAUCAACGAGUUUAACAUUGUCAAGGAUCUAGAUCAUCCCAAUCUGCUCAAGAUGUACGAAAUGUUCGAAGAUCAUCGCCAUUACUACAUCAUUACAGAUAUCUACAAGGGUGGCGAGUUAUUCGAUGAGAUUGAGGCCAAUGGGGCUUUUGCAGAAGAAGAUACUGCCGUACUCAUGAUGAAUGUCCUGUCCUGUGUCAAUUACUGCCACAAGAAGGGGAUCGUACACAGAGACUUAAAGCCCGAGAAUAUUCUCUUGACUUCCAGCAAAAAACUAGACGAUCUCAAACUGAUUGAUUUUGGGUUGGCCAGCUACUUCAAACCUGGUCAACGCCUGAAAGAUUCGGUGGGCUCGGCCUACUACAAGGCACCCGAGGUGCUCAACGAAGACUAUGGCGAAAAGUGUGAUGUGUGGACCUGUGGAGUCAUUUGUUUCAUCCUUUUGGCCGGAUAUGCUCCCUUUGACGGGGACGAUGACCAGCAGAUCGAAGACGAAAUUCGAUCUGGUGAUUUCGAAUUUGAUGACCCCAUCUGGGACAUGAUCUCCGAGGACGCCAAAGAUUUUAUCGAAGAGUGUCUCACCUACAACGAAAAACAUCGUCCUACAGCAGCAGAGGCGUUGACCCAUCCUUGGCUAGAAAAUACCCGAAAGGCCGGCAAAAAAAACUUUGUCAAGAAGGAAGGCGAUAGCAUCCAAAAUUCGUUGAACAACAUGGCCAACUUUCACGCCAGUUCCAAGUUGAAGCAGGCGACACUGGCGUUCAUUGCUUCUCAGCUCUUGUUAAAGGAAGAGAAGCAUGCCAUUGAUGAGGUAUUUAGAGCCCUCGACACCAACUGCGACGGAAAGCUCACUCCGGAUGAAAUCAAAGAUGGCUACCGAGAUUUUUUUGAUAAGGAACUCUCACAGGAAGAAGUGGACACCAUCUUCAAGAGAGUGAAUUUCCGAGGGACCGGGGCCAUCGACUACUCCGAAUUUGUAGUUGCCUCCAUGUUUGAGAAAAACCUAUUGGAUGAUGCUCGAUUAGAAGCAGCAUUCAAGAACUUUGACAAGGAUGGCGAUGGUUUCAUUGACGCCGACAAUAUCCGAAAGGUCCUCUCCAAUUUUGGAUCUGUUGGGUCCAAGGAUAGCAUGGACGACUACAUCAACACGAAGAUUAUCGGAGAGUUCGACGAAGGUGGUAAUGGGCAGAUCUCAUUCACCGAUUUUAAGAGAAUGAUGUUCCAAACUGUCAAGGAACAACCCAAACGAAGAGGCAGACGCGGCUCGUUCCUGGAAGCUGUCGACCAUGGAAGCUUGGAGGCUGCUGAUGGGCCCGAACCAGAACCGCUGCUAAGACCUGGUCAAAAGAAACGUAGCGGCAGCAUCAAGGAUGUUACCGGAGCGAUGGAGUACAUGACAAUCUUUGAUAGUGCAAAGGAAGGUAGUGGUUCCAAUCCUCUUUUUGCCUCCAGGCAGAGAUUCGCGAGUGUACGAGGGUCUGCGAAUAGCCAGAAGAAGAAGUUGAUGCCUACACGAACAACUACCCGUGACACUGUGAAAGCCUAUGACGAAAAAACGAGACCACCACUCACGGCAAGUUACAGUGGAGACCUGAAAUUGCUAGCAAAGAAAGCCAGCUCCGGCGGACUCCUUGAAGAGGAGGACGAAGACUCUGAUUGAGGAGUAAGCUGUGGGUGCACUGAGAGCGCUUUGCAAUUCCUGGAUUGGAUUGCUGCCAAAGUUGUGGCACCGCUUUGAACGAAGGUAGCCAUGGAGCAGGCUACGUGUUGGGGCUCACGUGGGAAUCCGGUGAUCGUGUUGUUCAUUUUGUCCCAGAGAUAAACAACUUCCCUGUCCAACUAGUACUUUGAUGUUUACGGCACGGAUCGUACGUUAGCUCUGUGUAUCUCUACGAAAAUCCCAUUCUUGAAUCUACAUAGACACAUUUUUUCUAGGUC